AUGCGGUUCCAGGCCCCCCAGCUGGGCGCCAUGGGCGUUACCUUCAUUGUGAUGAGGGCGUUCCAGUUUGCUUCGUUGAUUGCUGUUAUUGGGCUCUGUGCCAACUUCAUCAACGGAAUCACGACUGCUGAGCACGAUCCCCCCGCCGAGCUGAUUGGCACUUUGACAGUGCUCGAUCGGACAAUCUGCUACGAGAUCAAAGCUGCCUGGGGUAAGCAGAAGACGAAACAGGAGGCGUGGAACAGGGCUCCCGCCGCUGUCGCUGCCGCUCCUUACUUCCCGCCUCCUCCCCUGGCGCCCACCCGCGAUCGCAGCCGUGCGCGUAACCAGCCGCCCAACCCCCGCAUCAUCACCACCUCCCCACCCCGAUUCAGCUGCGACUCGGACGACUCCAACCACGCCACGGAGCCCACCGCCACCAACAACAACAGUCCCGCCCCAACCCCGCGGGCCUACGCCCCCCACCACCGCUCAACCCCCGCCAACCCCCAUCCAUCACCAUCUCCGUCCCCACCAAACCAGAAGACUCCGACUCCGAAUCCGACGGCAUCUCUCCGCUCCCUCUCGCGCGGCCCACCCUCCACCCGCCGGCAACCACAACGCACCGCCAGAACACUCACCGGCCCACCCCCAGCACCGCCACAAACCCGCCCUCCGGCACCCUAA